AUGUGUCCCGGUGCAGACCACGAGCCCAAUGGGCAAGCCAAUGGCGUUCCCACCGAUGCCAAUGGUGAACACCCUGGCUUCACGGCCGUCGAGACCCGCCAGAACCCUCACCCCUCCGCUUCUCGUAACCCCUAUGGCCACAACGUCGGCGUGACCGACUUCCUCAGCAAUGUCUCGCGCUUCCAGAUCAUCGAGAGUACACUCCGUGAGGGUGAGCAGUUCGCCAACGCUUUCUUUGAUACCGAGAAGAAGAUUCAGAUCGCCAAGGCCCUCGACGAGUUUGGUGUCGACUACAUUGAGCUUACCAGCCCCUGUGCUUCGGAGCAGUCGAGACAGGACUGCGAGGCCAUUUGCAAGCUCGGUCUCAAGGCUAAGAUCCUGACUCACAUUCGUUGCCACAUGGACGACGCUCGCGUUGCCGUCGAGACUGGUGUUGAUGGAGUUGAUGUCGUUAUUGGAACCUCUUCCUACCUCCGGGAACACUCCCACGGUAAGGAUAUGACUUACAUCAAGAACGCCGCCAUCGAGGUCAUCGAAUUCGUCAAGUCCAAGGGCAUUGAGAUCCGAUUCUCCAGUGAGGACUCUUUCCGUUCGGACCUGGUUGACCUUUUGUCCAUCUACUCCGCCGUCGACAAGGUUGGCGUGAACCGUGUCGGUAUCGCCGAUACCGUUGGCUGUGCCUCUCCCCGUCAGGUCUACGAGCUCGUCCGUGUCCUGCGAGGCGUUGUCGGAUGUGACAUCGAGACUCACUUCCACAACGAUACUGGUUGCGCCAUUGCCAACGCCUACUGCGCUUUGGAGGCCGGUGCCACCCACAUCGAUACCUCCGUCCUCGGUAUUGGUGAGCGUAACGGUAUCACCCCUCUCGGUGGUCUCAUGGCCCGCAUGAUGGUCGCCGAUCCCGAAUACGUCAAGAGCAAGUACAGGCUGGAGAAGAUCAAGGACAUUGAGGAUCUCGUGGCCGAGGCUGUCGAGGUUAACAUUCCCUUCAACAACUACAUCACCGGUUUCUGUGCCUUCACCCACAAGGCCGGUAUCCACGCCAAGGCUAUCCUCAACAACCCCAGCACCUACGAGAUCAUCAACCCCGCCGACUUUGGCAUGUCCCGAUACGUCCACUUCGCCUCUCGUCUGACUGGAUGGAACGCCAUCAAGUCCCGUGCUCAGCAGCUCAACAUUGCGAUGACCGACAACCAGUACAAGGAGUGCACGGCUAAGAUCAAGGCUCUUGCCGAUAUCCGACCCAUUGCUGUCGAUGAUGCCGACAGUAUCAUCCGCGCCUACUACCGCAACCUCAAGUCCGGAGAGGACAAGCCCCUUCUUGAUCUGACGGCUGAUGAGCAGGCUCAGUUUGCCGCAAAGGAGAAGGAGUUGGCUGCUCAGGCUGCCAGCGGCGUCCCCGUCUAA